CAUACACAUCUUAUAAAGCCUCAGCAAUUCGAAAGAAAAAUUCCAAAAAUUCUUAGAGAUGCUCCCACUAUAGAAAUAUUGAAAGAGAGACACCCUAACAUCUUUGAUUCAUUUUGGCUAUACGUCAAAUGUGAAUGUGCUGACAAAAUCUUCUCUCAUGUUUAG